AUGCAAAGCUGUGCUUGUGUUGUCACCGCAUUAUGUACCCUCCAAACCGAAGUCGCCGUCUCUGACUUCUCUCAAACCUGUUUCUAUCAAACUAGCAAACACGUCACAAAUACUAAUCUACACUCCUUGUUUUCUCUCUUUCUAUUCUCUACCCAACUACAAACGUCCCCCCCAAAGACCGAUACCUCUCCACCUCAACAAACCCGCCUACCACACCCAAAAAUUUCUCUCACACCCUCCCUCAUCCCCUCCACCGUCGUCUCCACCGCCCUCCCCUCAAGCACUCAAACCUGUCCCCAAUCCAUCCCCGCCAUCCCCGAACCUCGCCCUACUUGCACUCUCUCCAACGAAGCCAACGCAGCCAACGCCACCUCCGCCUAUGACGACCUUGACGUCUGCUACUUCGGCCAGCCCAUCGUCGAGUGCAGCGGCAACUGCGCCGCGUACUGCUUCGCCCAAGAGCAGAUGGUGAGGCACUUGACUGAUUGUGUUGGCCGCCGAGGGAAUACGCGAGGGAUUUUUUGUAGUGGGAAAAUGUCGGCGAUGGGGAAUGAGAGCACGGAGAAUCAGGGGGGGCCGAGUACGGGGGUGGGGUACCGGAGGUGGUGGUUCAUGGGAGGGUCUCGAAGGGGACGGUGGUGUUGUUACUAG